CCGCCGUCCCGCGGUUACCAGGCAACGGCGCCAUCAGCGGAGCGGGGAGCCCGGGCCCGGCGGCAGGAUGAUGCUCUCCCGGGCCAAGCCGGCCGUGGGUGGUACCCCGCCGUCGGGAGACAAGCGGAGGAAGAAAGGGAAGAAGGUGCCGCAGCUGGAAGAGCUCUUGGCCCUGAGGGACUUCACUGGCGCGAUCGCCUUGCUGGAGUUUAAGCGACAUGUGGGUGAGCAGGAGGAGGAUGCAGGCCUUUGGAUUGGAUACUCUGCCUUUCAUUUGGGUGACUACAAGAGAGCACUGGAGGAAUAUGAGGCCUUAACCAAACAACCAGCUUGCAGUCCAGAUGUUUGGGUCAACCUUGCUUGUACAUACUUCUUUCUGGGAAUGUAUACAGAAGCUGAACAAGCAGCCUUGAAAGCACCUAAGAGUCGUCUCCAGAACCGUUUACUCUUUCACCUGGCACAUAAGUUCAACGAUGAGAAGAAACUGAUGAGCUCCCACCAGAAUCUGCAAGACAUUACAGAAGAUCAGCUUAGCUUGGCAUCUAUCCACUACAUGCGAUCCCACUACCAAGAAGCUAUUGAUAUCUACAAACGCAUUCUACUUGAUAAUCGGGAAUACCUGGCUCUGAAUGUAUAUGUGGCCCUAUGCUAUUACAAACUGGAUUAUUAUGAUGUAUCACAGGAAGUGCUAGCUGUUUAUCUUCAGCAAGUUCCUGACAGCACCAUUGCCCUUAACCUUAAGGCCUGUAACCACUUCCGACUUUACAAUGGGAAGGCUGCUGAGGCAGAGCUCAAGAACUUGACAGACAAUGCCUCUUCAUCUCUUGAGUUUGGCAAGGAGCUCAUUAAGCAUAAUCUGGUGGUGUUCAGAGGAGGAGAAGGGGCUUUGCAGGUCCUACCUCCUCUGGUUGAUGUUAUUCCUGAGGCAAGACUGAAUCUUGUGAUUUACUAUCUCCGGCAAGAUGAUGUGCAGGAGGCUUAUAACCUGAUUAAGGACCUGGAACCUACUGCUUCACAGGAGUACAUCCUUAAAGGAGUGGUAAAUGCAGCACUUGGACAAGAAAUGGGCUCGAGAGAUCAUUUGAAAAUUGCUCAGCAGUUCUUCCAUUUGGUGGGGGAAUCAGCCAGCGAAUGUGAUACCGUUCCAGGGAGACUGUGCAUGUCUUCCUGCUUCUUUCUUCUUAGACAGUUUGGUAAUGUCCUGAUUUACCUCAACUCAGUCAAGAGUUACUUCUACAAUGAUGACACUUUUAACUUCAAUUGUGCCCAAGCCAAAGCUGCCACGGGUAAUUUUAGGGAGGCUGAAGAGGCGUUCCUUUUGAUCCAGAGUGAGAAGAUAAAGAAUGAUUUUGUUUACCUUAGCUGGCUAGCUCGCUGCUAUAUUAUGAACAAGAAACCACAAUUUGCCUGGAAGCUCUAUCUGAAAAUGGAGACCUCAGGGGAGUCCUUUAACCUAUUGCAGAUCAUUGCAAAUGAUUGCUACAAAAUGCGUCAGUUUUACUAUGCAGCCAAAGCCUUUGAUGUUCUGGAGAGACUGGACAGUAAUUCUGAAUAUUGGGAAGGCAAGAGAGGUGCCUGUGUGGGUGUCUUUCAAAUGAUCAUAGCUGGCCGAGAAGCAAAAGAGACUCUGCGGGAAAUACUGCAUCUUCUGAAGAGCACCACUAAUUCUCAAGUAGAAUAUAUAGUCCGCAUCAUGCGAAAGUGGGCCAAGGAGAACAGAGUCCCUGUUUAAGUCAGUGCCACAGAACGAACCGGGUCAGUUGUGUGUGUGGCUGCAAGAUGCGCAUCCUGGCUUCUCUUGUGCAUUCUGAGUAUCCUCAGCCUGGUUGAUGGAGAGAAGCAGCAGUUCACUGCAGUGAGAUUGCAAAACGUUAAGCAAGGGUGUUUUUGGGUCAUGGUGGUUGCUUGGUUUUAGGUUUUUUUUAGUUAAAGCUUUACUGGUACUUUUGCUGUUGCACUACUCUCUAUUCCUCAUUCAAAGUUUCAGUUUUUUAGUAGCAAUUCCAACUGUCCACAAGUCACAGUGCUCCUCAGAUAUACCCCAUGUUUCUCCACACGAGUUGUUGGACUUCUUUGUGAAGGCUUUUUUGAGCAAGCCUCUGGCCUCUAGAGAAGAAAUGUUUGUUAAAUGACUGAGAUAAAUCUACUUCAGCGAGUGAUGGAGUGUGGUAAGUAAAGAAGAUGGUGGUGACAACCCGAUACCAGUAUUAUGGUAUCAGGUGAUACAUUAAAGACUUCUAUCUGUUACGUAUCUGGCAUAAAAUACAAACCAUAUUCUGAGCAGUGUCCUUUUCUGGAUAUAUCUCAACAAGCAAUACCUUAGUUUCUUAUUUUUGCCUGUUAAGGAUUGUUUUCUUCCUUACCAUCUUUUUCAGAGCAUGGAGAUUUGACUGACUGUUUUGUUCAAUCUUCCUUUGAGCUUUGACACUCAAAACAUUUAUUUAUGUUAAUUCUCGUGAAUAAUCCAUUUCAUUUGGCAGUCUGAUGGAUAGAAGAAGUGGAUGUUCUGAAUCAUUUUCUUAAGCAUUUACCACCCUCAUUAGCAAUAUAUUUGUUGUACUUUGGGAAUUAUUAUACGCUCCUGUGUUUUAAGGAGAACAGUUCAGGGAAUACAUAGUUCUAAAGGAAGGCCAACAGUUGUAACAUAGAAAUGUAUUAUAUGUUUUGUAGUGAAAAAACAUUUUGU